AUGGAGCCGUUCCUGUUCCUGGCCGAGCUCCUGGAGUCAACCCCUACAUUGUCCUCCCGGGAAGGGGAACUAGACCUGGGUCUCGUCCUGCGAUCACCCUCCCCUUUCGGAUCUCUCGCGUCGCUUCACGAAAAGGUUCCGUUUCUGCCUGAUGAGGAAGAAGGAAGAGAGUCUCUCGAGUCUGCUCAUGGGUUACCUGAGAGGGAGCCGCCAUCCCCGCCGCCUUCCCCGCCGUCCCAGCCGUCCCGUCCGUCCCAGCCUCCGCAUCCGUCGCAAGCGCGCGUGGUUACUCGAGCUCGGGAGGAUGGGUCCACGUCGUUAAAGAGUUCCAUAUUUAAUCUCUCGAACACGAUGAUCGGCGCGGGAAUGAUGGCCUUGCCUGCAGCUAUGAACGUCCUAGGAGUCGUGACCGGGAGUGUAGCGCUUAUCUUCGUGGCGUUAUUGACUUAUGGGUCCGUCAUGGCCAUGGUUCGCUGCACCGUCGCCGCUGCUGCUUCGUCAUCCCCUUCUGAAAAUCCUUCGCCCAACGGUGUUGGCAACCGCAGUUUUAGCAUGCGGGAUGAGGAGAAGCUGAGUUAUAACCACACGGUAGCAACGGCUCUGGGAAGCGCAGGACGGCUGGUGCUGCAGGUGUCGAUCGUUGUCAACAACUUGGGCCUCAUGAUAGUGUUUCUUGAUAUCAUCGGGGAUGUGCUUGUAGGCAGCGCCACAGGACCCGGCGUUCUGCCCCUGGAUCAGUUGCACUUGUCCCCAGAUGUGGCCCGAAAGUCUAUCCUCGCUAUAGUCAUUCUCCUUAUCCUGCCUCUCUGCCUGCAGGAUAGACUGGGAUCCAUGAAGGUUGCAAGCAAGAUAUCAGUGGCCCUGGCCAUUGCAUUUGUGCUGCUCGUACUGAUACUGUCUGGAGGGAAGAUUGCAGCUGGUGCUGCCACCAUGCCGCCUCUCUUUGCCACGUCUGGCAAUGCCCUUGCCGUUUUCAGCGUCAUCAACGUCGUCACCAACGCCUUCAUAUGCCAUUUUAACGUUACCCCUAUUUACAGAGAGUUAAGGGAUCGCUCCCUUCCCCGCAUGCGCACAGUCGUGCGCUGCUCGGUCAUCAUCACCACCCUCGUCUACCUCGCAGUCGGCAUCUUCGGGCUCGUGCUCUUCGGCUCCGACGGUGCUUUCGCUGCCGCUGGCGCUGUUUCAGCUGCGGCUGGUUGUGGCGUCGCUGCUGUCGUCUUGUCUGGGAAGGAAAGGGAGAGGAGAGAGGGACGAGGGAAGAACCACAAGCAAUGGCAAAUCUGA